AUGACUACCAGAGUCGACAUACAGGCUCUGGGGCUGGACAUUGACCAGGCCCACGACCGUGUAUGCACCACUCUCGACGACCAUCGCAGUGGAAUAUUCAAGGCUGUACAAGACUCGCACAUGGCCACGUCUGGCAGACUUGAGGGAUUGUCAAGGGCUGUCGUCGACGUCAACAGUCGAACUAAACAUGGGUUUCUUGAAACUGGCCACGGUCUCGAUGUGAACCACGAUGCCUUUGUAACAAGGCUCAACAAGGUAUCCGAGGAUGUCAACUUGACUGUUUGUAAAAAGAUCGACAACGCCAACAGCCAUACCAAUAAGCUCAUUGUUGACACGAGAGACCACUUGCAAGGUCGGCUUGAUGAGGUCCAGGAGGAAGUGGAGAGUUCACGUCGCCGGACACACGAGAAAUUGAACGAUGUGCACGAAGCCAUUGCUGGCAUCGUGAAUACUACACGCGACAGACUUCUUCGCAAAAUCGAACAGGCUACGUCGUUGUUCAGCUCGAUGCAGCCGUUGAUGCGCGAGCUCAGGAGGAACCACAAAGGGCACGCCAAGAACGAGGUUGAGAUCGAAGGUGAGAUGGUGCAGGCUGCAUGCUAUGCCCCAGGAAUUUGCGCUGAUGUCGACGAUUUUAGAUCUUCACGAUCCCGUUUCUCGUCCAUCACCAGGUCACGGCAGCGACACAUCUCAUACGAAGAGCGGCCCAGAGUCAGUACUACACUUUCGAAAUGA